UAUUAUUCCAAAAUAACAUAUAUUUUUAACAGUGAUUUUAAGCAUUUUAUUUCUACAGUUUAUAAAUAUAUCAAUUUAACGUUCAAAAUGAUGAAUCAAUAUUUAAAAGAACUAGAACAAGACCCCUUUGAUCCAGAUGAGUUUGUUGAAAGAAUGGUACGUCGAGGAAUGUCCGAGUCUCGUCUACAGGACGAUCAGUUUGACCCUGAAAUGAUUCACGAUAUAUUUACUCAAGCCAUUCAAGACCUUAAGGUAUUACAAGAACGACAAGAAAGAAAAUGUGCAAGAUUAGAAAAAGGAGUUCAAGAAGAAGAAAAAUUAUAUGGUACAAGGCUUUCUGAAAUCAUGGACCAGCACACUCACUGUGUAAAUGUAUUUAGCUCACUAGAUGAGCGUAUGUCGCGAUGUGGAGGCAGGGCUCUCGAUGUAGGUGAGAAACUUGGUGCUGCAAGAGCACCCCGGGCCCGGGCUGCAGCAGCUAGAGACCUACUAUCGCAUCUGACUCAUUUCCUCAGUCCGGGGCCCGUUCUCACAGAUUUGUUUAAUGACUCUAAUAAGCUCUACGAAGCGGCUGAUGUCAUACAAAAACUUCAUACAAUUGCUCAAGAAUUGCCACCUGAUAAAUUCGAAAUUGCCAAAAAGAAAAUAGAAACGAAAUAUGAUGAAAUUGAAAGAAAUCUCAUUGAAGAGUUUGUGAAGGCUCAGAAUCAAGGCAAUAUGACCAGGAUGAAAGAAAUCGCCGCAAUUAUGACCAACUUCAAGGGAUAUUCACAAUGUGUUGAUGCUUUCAUAGAGACUAGUCAAGUGAAUACUCUGCUAGGCAAGGAUAUUUUCAGUGCAGUGUUGCCAUUAUGCAAAAAGAACUAUAACAUCAUCAGCAAUGUGUUCCCGAAUCCCGAUCAAGUUAUGAGCAAAUUUGUAUUAAACAUCUUCCAUCUGAAACUACAGAAAUAUAUUCAGACUAAACUGGCUGAUAAAAGUGAUAUAGAUAAAUAUUUGAGGAAUCUCUAUGAUAUGUAUACUAGUACGCAACGAGUAUGUGAUGAAUUAGUUGCUGCAGGCUUAAUAUCUGCCGAUGGUAACACUACGACGGGAGAUUUAAGGAGAGGAGCUCUCGUCAAUGGGGCUAUGGCCGGCGCCAAUGAUGGUUAUCCGACGUUAGAGGCGAGGAGACUUAAGGCAGCUCUAGCUAACUCACUCAAUAAUUAUUAUGCAGAAAAACAACAUAUCAAGAAGCAGAUACAGGGCGGAGGUUUUCAAGAACUCCGUCGAGACUUACAAGCUGUUAUUGGUACUCGUGCGAAUAUAAAUAUAGCCCAAAUAGAGAACUACGGUGGUGAGACGUUCCUCAGCGAAACUCUCGUGCAGAAAAUGCUCAAUGACGCCAAGACAUCGUUUGUGCGCUGUAAAACGCUUUGCACGCCGAAUGAGCUUCCUGGAACGACUAUUGGGCUACUGGAAGUGUUGAUCCAACAUUUAUUAAUUGAACAUGUGGACUACGCCUUAGACCUGGGCCUUCAAUCUAUUCCGAUUGCGGAAAGCAAAUCUCCACCUCAGAUAUAUUUCUUUGAUAUUGUGAAACAAGCUAAUGCUAUAGUGAAGAUGUUUGGUGAACACUUUCAAGAAUCAGUUCUACCGUGUAUGAGUUCUACAUCUAAACAAAGCGAAUGCAUACAAAAGAAAACAUCUAUAAUGGAACAGCUGGAAAGUAAGCUGGACGCCGGUUUGGAGCGAGCUAUAGCAGCGAUAGUGGGAUGGGUUAAGCUAUAUCUGCAAACUGAACAGAAGAAGACCGACUUCAAACCUGAAGGGGAUAUAGAUACGAUCGCAUCACCGGCAUGUUUGGCGGUGGUGUCCUAUCUGAACUCCGUGAUGGAGAAGAUCCACGCAGGUCUAGAGGGAGACAACCUGAACGCGGUCACGCUCGAACUGGCCGUUCGUCUGCAUCGAGUCAUCUAUGAACACUUACAAAACUUCCAGUUCAAUUCAGCAGGUGCUAUGAUAGCGAUAUGUGACGUGAAGGAGUACCGGUCCGCUGUAUGCGGUAGGGGGUCACGCGCGGCCCCGGCGCCCGCGCACGCUCUGUUCGACGCGUUGCAUGCACUAUGCAACCUUCUACUGGUCAAACCUGAAAAUCUACACCAAGUCUGUGAGGGUGAAACUCUGGCGGAGCUGGAUCAAUCGAUUUUGCACAACUUCAUUCAGCUACGUUCAGAUUACAAGAGUCACAAGCUGUCGACAUUCCUCAAAGGUCUCUCUUAAAAAUUAUAAUCGAAAAUAAUUUUAUAUCUAGAUUGUAUAAACAUUAUAUUGAACCGUAUGUAUUAGGAACAAUAUAUUAUUAUCAAAUUAAUUUUAAGUGACAACCAAUAAUCAAUUUCCGGUUAAAAUAUAUUAAUUUUGUGAUGUGAUUGUAUUGUAAAUAUUGAACUAUCCUUUUAGACGAGUGACUUGUUAUGUUUUCGACCAGAAGGCCUACUUUGUUCGGAUAUUUUCAAAACGCUGAUAUGACAACAGCGACAGAUAAUAAGCGCCGCGGCCCGUGAUCGUUGUUGUACAGCAACUCUCGCAAGGGUCGGUCACGGGGUGGUUAACCAAAAAAAUAUAUUAUCUCCAGCUACUCCGUGCUUCGGAAGGUGUACAUACGUUAAGCCGUUGGUCGCGGCUGCUU